GAUGGAUGCAAAUGGCGUUAAAAAAUCUAUUAUUAAACGUACCAACAACAAACCUUAUUGGGAGUUCAGAUGAUGCAAAUGCAAUGAGAUCUUGGCCAGAAACAAAAGUAACGGAGUCGUGAUGCUCGACCUUAUGACUAUUUAGUAUUUACUGAAGAUAAAAGUAAAAAUUGGAAAGGUGGAACAUGAGUGGAAAAGCAAUCACUAACUCACUUCUACACCAACAAAACAGAGCACAAAACAAAAGCAAAAGAAAGCAAAGCCAAAUCGAAGAGAAAAACAAGGCGAAAAACAUGCUGGGGAACCUUCAAUCACACUCCACUCACAAAACUAUUCAGGCCCUGGGACUCUCUACACUCUUCUUCCUCCUCCUGAUCUCUCUCAAUUACCUUUGUCUUCUCGUCAAAGCUCAUAUCUUCAUAUAUGCUGGCUGCUCUCAGGAAAAGUACGCAUCAAACUCCCCUUUCGAAGGUAAACUCAACUAUUUUCUAGCAUCAGUUGUUAGCUCAUCCUCUCAAGCGUCAUAUAAUACCUAUGCAAUUGGAAAUGGAAGCUCAACGCCACCAGAAGGCACCAUAUAUGGCUUAUUCCAGUGCAGGGGUGAUUUGCAGACUGCUGACUGCUCAAGAUGCAUGGAAAGUGCAGUUAACCAGAUAGGCUUGGUUUGUCCGUAUUCUUAUGGGGCUUCUUUACAAUUAGAAGGCUGCUAUUUAAGAUAUGAGCAUGCUAAUUUCUUGGGGACGCUCGAUACAAGUCUCAGGUUCAAGAAAUGCGGUAAAAGUGUUAAUAACGAUGUCGAGUUCUUUAGGCGUAGAGAUGAUGUUCUAGCUGACUUGCAGGCGGCUAUUGGUUUUAAAGUCAGUUCAUCGGGUUUGGUUGAAGGGUUUGCUCAGUGUUUGGGGGACUUGAGCUCAAGUGAUUGUUCUUCUUGCCUUGGGGAUGCUGUGGGGAAAAUGAAGAGUUUAUGUGGAUCAGCUGCAGCAGCUGAUGUGUUCUUAGGGCAGUGUUAUGCUCGAUACUGGGCAUCUGGCUACUAUGUUGAAUUCUCUCCAGAUUCCUCCGACGAAGAUGAUAUUGGAAAAACAGUAGCCAUAACCGUCGGUGUAUUAGCAGGUCUAGCCUUUUUUAUCGUUCUUCUCUCAUUUUGCCAAAAAGCAAUGGAAUGAGAUGACAAGUUUUAGGAGGAUAUAAAACCCUGCCCUGCUCGCAAGUUUAGACUGGGGGAGAUGCGGUUUUUUCAAGAGAACUGGUUAAUAUUGGCUUUUUACAUAACCAUGGCACCUUUGUCAGCUAC